UGGCGCAUACCCCUCCCUUCGGUCUGGCGGCGCGCGCGCGAGAGAGAGAGGCUCCGGCCAGCUCGGGCCUCACCGUAAGACAACGCCGUCCAGACUCAGACUCAGCUCCUGCGAGCUCCGGCUUUAGCGUAAGGCAACGCUGUCCAGACUCAGACUGAGCUUCUCUCUGUUUUCAGUCCUUUGAUCGUUGAGUUAAUAAAUUUACUUCUUCUGGUCCCCGUGGAGCAUUGCAUAUAAUUGCUGAGACCAUGGGAGUGGAAUUAGCAACAGAGAAGGCAGUGUUUGUUCAAAUGGAAGACGUCAAUUUCACUGAUUCAGAGUUGGUAUGUCAUGUGCGAAAUGCCCUUCUAUCAGUUAGCCUGGGUGACUCCGAGAGUUAUAACCAGCUAAUUGGGGUUCUCCACCACAGAGAAAGUCUUACCCUGGAUGAGGUGGCACUUCUCGUGACAAGUCUAAAGGCAUUGUCGGGCGCAGUUUCUUGUAUUGAUAAUGUUCAACAUGAGUCUCUUCUUUCUUCUAUAUUUGGAAUGAGCAUGUGGAACUAUGAGCCUGACGUCAUGGAUGCAUUGAUUGAACUAAUAACAUCCUUGGCAGCUUCCAGCGGAAAAUACGUUGAUUCAUGCUUGGAAAUGCUUAUAAGCAAUUUUAUGCCUCCACAUUCUUUCACAGAAUUGCUGAAGCAGCCAUGUGGUGUUGCAAGAAAAAGUCAAGUUCUUUAUCGCAUCCAUUCUGCGCUGAAAGAUAUUACUGAUCUAGUGCCUCUUGCACCUUUGAGACUGUUGCCAAUAGUUCUCCAGAGAAUGCCGAAUGUUUACAAUAAGGAACCUUUAAUUGUUGCAUAUGUUGAGAACAUGUUAAGAUUGGAGAGUGGUGCCAUGGGAGAACUUGUUGGGAGCAUGAUGCUUAUAGCAGUGGUGGACAGGCUUAUAGAUUUGGAUGUGGAGAUAGAAUGGGAGGAUAUUUUGCAGGAUGAUUCUUGUAAAAGCAUUUUUGAGAUGGAACUGGAGGAUAUGGAAGACACGAUAGAUGAGGAAGAUGCAAUGCUUCAAAGAGAAUCUUCAAGUGGCAGGAGUCUUAGGGGAAAUGUUGUUGCUGAAAAAUUAGAUAGCUUGUUGGUGCUUAUGUUUGAGCAUCUGAAAUCUUGUAAGGAUGCUGGGCGUUUGAAUAAGGUAUUUGAAACUCUUCUUCAGUCAUUUGAGGUUACUGUCCUGAGUGCGUACAAGUCAAAGUUUGCCCAGUUUGUCACGUUCUAUGCCUGUUCCCUCGACCCUGAAAAUUGUGGCAUGAGAUUUGCUGAUGCCCUCUCAGAUAUUUUCACAGGCAGUGCAUGCCCCCCUGUCAAGAGGAUGAGUGCAGUGGCUUAUCUUGCUAGUUAUUUGUCUCGUGCAAAGUUCCUUUCAGUGUCUUUUGUCAUUAAGAUAUUGCAAAGGUUAGUCAGCUGGUGUUGGAAAUACACAGAGGAUGAAGUCAGCAAUAUCAACCCAAAAGCUCACAGAGUUUUCUAUUCUGGGUGCCAGGCUAUCAUGUAUGUGCUUUGUUUUCAUAUGCGAUCAGUUAUGGAUAUUCCUCGUCUCAAGUCCCAACUUUUUCUUAUGCCUUUAGAGGCAAUCUUGAAGCAUCCACUGAGCCCCUUGAAGGUGUGCCUGCCAUCCAUUGUACAGGAAUUUCUCCGGCAGGCAAGAGCAGCUCGUCUGUUCACUGUCUCAGAGACCUUUGUCUUCAACGACCUACUGGAAUCUGAACUUUCCAGAGCUUUUGGAGGGAUGGAAAGGCUUGAUAUGUUCUUCCCGUUUGACCCCUACUUGUUGAAGAAAUCUGAUAGGUUCAUCCGACCAAACUUUGUAUACUGGUCAGUUGUUAGAACAACAUAUGAUGAGGAGGACGAUGACGACGAAGAUGGAGGUAGCAGUGAUGAAGAUUUUGACGAUUUUAUAGAUUGCAAGCGGGAGAACACUGCACGGGAUUGGGAUGCAAUGGCUGGGAGUUUCGAGGAGCAUGAAAUUGAUCUUGACGAAUUUGACCAUUCAUUGAAUAAAAUGUCCAUCACACCCAAUAAUUCAUUAAGUCAUCGAUUUGGAGGUCGUGAAUUGCAUGGUGGUGCCACGCGGAUGCCCUCAAGAAUCAGGCCGUCCACUAGUCCAGAAUCCUUGUGACAGCACAAAAAUGCUCUUACCUUCUCUUCUAAGAGAUCAAUUAAGAAAAUCCCUUACUGUGGUUGGAGGGGAUCACCAAAAGCUCGAAUGCCGCGGCAGAGCUGUCCCAAGAUUAUAGUGGUAACCGUGCUAGGCCUGACAUACCGGUCACGUUGCAGAGUAGUAUUAGAUUUGUAUUUCAACCAAGUGAUUAAGUUUUGUUUUGUUUUUGUGUGUGUAUUUGUGCACUUAACCGUAAUGAUGUGUAAUAUUAAUGAGGGUAUGGGUCUACACGACAAAAUAUGAAUAUGAUUACUAUUCUUUCCAUGUUA